AUGCCUUGCGGAAACUCAACCCAAGUCUUCGCCUUCACUACUCUAUCACCCACCUCUCAGCUAUCCCUCGCAUCAAGCAUGACUACCGCAGCACUUCUCGACUUUGCUGCUGCUUCUCCCGCAUUCAUGAUCUUUCUUCGAACCCAUUGUGAGGAAGUCGUUCUCGCUGCGUUAAAAACACAGUAUGGGUAUAUUCCCGAGAAAUCUACAUGGAGCUGUGGUCUUCUUCCCCUGUACGAGAAUCUACCACCUCAUGUCUCUGAUACCCCACUGGACAACUCAACACCCCGAUCAGCCUACAGAUCAUCAAUAGGACGUUAUAAGCGAGGAAAUCAAGACACCGCCAGGCUUCUCCAGGAAAUGCCUGUUUUACAGUGGUUGGUGGAUGAAGAGCAGCUUUCCGACAACGGUCGGAAGCUCCUCGAUAUUCUUCCACUAUCGGACCACAGUCAAGGCUUAUACUACGCUGGUGUUCGGGGGUUAGUACGAUACUGCCAGAAGUACACUGCUCUGUGCAGCUCUGUCGUUACGAAAAGGGAGAUCAAUGAGCAGAUGCAAAGAUGGUUACAGGAGCGGUAUACCCCUUGGGGGAUUAAUGAAAUGUGGUUUGUUGUUGAUGCCCUGGGCUCACGAAUUGAUGAGAUUAUGCCAUCGCUGCGGAAUGAUGAGACACGGAGGGAGAAAUUGCUGGGAAUGCUCUUGUGCAAGAUGGAUGUACUCCGACUGUUCAGCGGCUAUGAUUUUGCUUCAUCGUCGCCCACAAGCGAGGGGAGGGCUCUACGAAGACUUCUUGAAGAAGGGAUAAUUGAGGAAGCGUUAUUAGGAAAACCCAUAAACUCGUCUUCUCGCAGACAGUCACGCACGCAUUCACGCUCUUACUCUACAUCAUGGUCUUCCGAGGAUUCACCAAAUAAUUAUAUUUUUGGGUACGGAAACAACCAUAUAGCCUCUCAGGGCGUGAAUCUUGAUCAGCUGCAAGAGCGCGCAGAGCGACCGCGAGAGCCAAGGCCUUCGGUAUUCGGGGUGGCAUGUGGGCCGAUCGGGGUUUUGUAG